AGGGUAGGGAAGAGAGGAGUCCCGCCGCAGCCUCUGCUCCAUAUCCGCCACCGACAGAUCCGGCCUCAUCGAUCCAAAUACCGCCGCCGCCUCUGCUCCUUUUUUUCCUUCAAUCGAUGGCGAUGGCUGAAAUCUGUAUGCCGAGUAACUUUCCUUACUAUGGAUGGAUAGAAGACGAUGAAACCGCAUCGACGCCAGAUUUAAUAGAAUUACCACAAGAAUCUGUAGAAUUUGACGAAGAAGAAGAAGACGACAACGAGGAAGAGAAAGAGGAAGAGGAGGAAAGAGAUGAAGAUUACGUUCCGCCCGUAAGAAUGGAAAGGGUUUCACGGAACCGAAAUCGGAACCAUUCUUCAAAUCCCGUUCAAUCCGUAGCCCUUCAAGGCGCAGAAGAAGAUGCUAAAGUAACAAUGCUUGGAGUGGUUCCAAGCUUGGUUAGAACAUGGAAAAAUACAAAUUGCACAGCUGGCUUUGACUGGUCUUCCAUUCGGUGAGGAGUGAGGAAGAGGAAGAAGACGAAGAAGAAGAAGACGACAACGAGGAAGAGGAAGAGGAAGAGGAGGAAAGAGAUGAAGAUUACGUUCCGCCCGUAAGAAUGGAAAGGGUUUCACGGAACCAAAACCGGAACCGGAACCGGAACCGAAACCAGAACCAUUCUUCAAAUCCCGUUCAAUCCGUAGCCCUUCAAGGCGCAGAAGAAGUAAAUGUCUUGACUCCUCUGGUUCCCCCAAACGCAACUGAAGUUAUCGAUGUAGAAGAUGAUUACAGAAGGAGAGAACAAGGGGAAGCGUCUUCCUCGUCGUUCUCUGUAUUUGAAAGCUUCACUGUAAUAUAAAAAUAUGAGUUUUUCAAUAGCAAGGGUAUAAUGGUCAUUUUAAGUCGACACUUAAC